AUGGUCGGCAAAACGGUGCUUAUAAUUCUUAUUUCUCUACCUCUCACACUCGGAGCCUGUUACAAAAAAUACCCGCUCCUCUUGAAAAAUGACGAUCGCGGUAGAAGAGUGGAGAAGCUAAAUGAAAUGUUAGAGGAAAGUUUAGCGCAGUUGCCUGUAAGCUGGACCUAUUCUUGCGGACGAUUACUCUUGGCUAUGUUUGAACUGAAAAAAGAGUUGUUAGAGCUGCGGUCUCGUGUAACCUCAAAGAUCAAGAGCACUCGUUACUAUGUGAUGCUCAUUGAAGGCCAUGAUCUCUCGGAGACUACAAAGAAUAUUGCUAAGAGUGUCGCGAAAAAAUGGAAGAAGGUGUUUAAGAAGUUGAAACGAAUUGGCCUCGAAUCUCGAGCGAUAGAUUUCGGGUGUGCCAUGGAGGACCAGCUCCUGAAAAGAACCUUUACCAGACGAAAACCGCUUACACAAAAGGUCGUCUUGUGCCUCUUCCAACCAUCAUUCUCAAAGCUUAUAAAUGGCCUUAACAGACGGGAGUGA